AACAACUCUAACUAGUAUUUGUAAUAUUAAGCGAAUUUGAAUCUAAUAUACUAGUUGAGGUAUCAAUACAUGGAAUGGUGACAUGCGGGGUUAUCAGUAUCGAAUAUAAGAAUCAACCAUCACAAAGCCUUCUAUGCCCCAGAAAGUCCACGAGUACCCUGCUCAAACGUCGUAAGGCAUCUUGAUAGGGCCUUGGCGUACCGUCUUUCUUACCUUUUCUUACUUUUUCUUAUUUUGUUGAAAGACGAGCAGGGACAAGUGCUAUAUCCCGGCAGAUAAUACACACAUCUGGUGAUGCUUCCCAGUUUCUAACAUUAACUUCAUUCCACCCGGAUCCAAAUUUUGCAAGUUUUCAUCAUGGGAGACCAGGAAAGUGUAGCCAUGACAGACACCGACAGCGUAACGUCUCACAGUGGCCUUCUAGAUGAAUCUGAUUCCUUGAAUGGUUUCCCUCCUCAUUCAAUUGCUGUUAUCGGCAUGUCAGGCAGGUUUCCUGACGCAGAAUCGGUUGACGAGCUUUGGGAGCUGUUGCUUCAAGGGAAAUCCACAGUGAAACGUGCAGAUGUUGAGCGGCUUCAAUUAUCCCAGACCGGGAAUCAUACAGACACGAGUUGGUGGGGAAAUUGGCUUCGAGAUCCAACAGCUUUUGAUCACCGCUUCUUCAAGAAGUCCUCUCGGGAGGCCAUCGCCUGGGAUCCGCAGCAAAGAGUCUUGCUUCAGGUCGUUUACGAAGCAUUAGAAUCAUCUGGCUACUUUGGCCCCUCGUCUACUUCCGAGACAGAUGACUACGGAUGUUAUGUUGGAGCAGUUAUGAAUAGCUACUACGAGAAUCUUGCGUGUCAUCCUCCCAAUACAUACGCCACUAUUGGGACUGGGCGGGCAUUUCUGAGCGGUUCUAUAAGCCAUCAUUUUGGGUGGAUAGGCCCGUCAUUAACUAUUGAUACCGCUUGUUCAUCGUCCCUCGUGGCUAUCAACACAGCUUGCCGAGCUAUCUGGUCGGGCGAGUGCACCCGGGCUGUUGCCGGUGGUACCAAUGUUAUAUCGAGCCCUGGUGACUAUCAGAACCUGCAAUCAGGAGGCUUCCUCAGUUCGACUGGGCAGUGUAGACCAUUUGAUGCUAGUGCCGAUGGUUAUUGUCGAGGAGAAGGAGUUGGAGCAGUUGUUCUUAAGCGACUUUCCGAAGCAGUGACAGACAAGGAUAACAUCCUUGGUGUAAUUGUUGGUUCUGCAGCAAAUCAAAACCAUAACUUCAGCCAUAUCACGGUGCCUCAUGCGGAUUCGCAGGCCAAUCUCUAUAACAAAGUAAUGAAAAUGGGAAACGUAAGACCAGAGACUGUCACAUACGUCGAGGCUCACGGAACUGGAACUCGUGUUGGUGAUCCGGUCGAGGUCAGUAGUAUUCGCGAUGCAUACGGUGGACCUCAAAGAGAUUCAACUCUCUACUUCGCUUCCAUCAAGGGAAAUAUUGGUCAUACGGAGGCCGCUGCUGGUGUUUCUGGCCUGAUCAAGGUUCUUCUCAUGAUGAAGCAUAGAAAGAUACCUAGGCAGGCCAGCUACAAAGAACUGAAUCCACAAAUCCCCUCUCUAGACCAGGAUCGAAUGGCAAUACCAACAAGUGUCAUGCCCUGGAACCCUCCUGUCCGUUUAGCAUGUGUCAAUAGUCACGGCGCGGCUGGAAGCAAUUCGGCACUUUUACUACGCGAGAAACCGCCUCUGAAUACUACAGUGAUACCCUCAUACCUCAAGAGGUAUCCACUCAUUUUCUCUGCCGGGUCCCCCAACAGUCUCUCCAUGUAUAGCAAAAAGCUCCUCGAUUGGGUGAAGGGAGCCAAAGAUGUGACUCCUAACCUUCUAGCGACGCUAACAUUUAAUCUUGCUGACCGAACAAACCACAAGCUUCCAUACAUUUUUUCCAAGUCAGUAUCAAGCAUCCAAGAUCUUGAGUCCAAGCUAGAAGCAGGGUCUUCCGGCCUGGGCAUAGACACAGUUCACAAUCCUAAACCAGUGGUCCUGGUGUUUGGAGGUCAGGAAAGCGACUAUGUUGGACUGUGUCGAGACAUCUUCGACAACUCAAAGAUUUUCCGUACCCAAAUUGACCUUUGCAAUGAUAUAAUAGUGUCAAAAGGAUUGGAAAGCCUUUACCCAGCCAUCUUCAAAAUGGAGCCGAUAGCCGACCUAACAACGUUACACACGGCUCUUUUCGCUGUGCAAUAUGCUUCCGCUAAGGCAUGGAUAGACUCCGGGCUGUGUGUUGAUGGAGUAGUCGGGCAUAGCUUUGGCCAGUUGACUGCGCUUUGUAUAUCAGGCUGCCUCUCGCUUGCCGACACGUUGACAUUGGUAGUUGAAAGAGCGAUUUUGAUGCAAGAAUACUGGGGUAGCGAGCGAGGAGCCAUGCUAUCUCUGCAGACAGACCGUGGUACCGUGGACCAAGUUCUUCAGUUCCUCAGGACUCAGAAUAGUGGCUUCUACGCCGAAAUUGCAUGCUAUAAUGGCCCCAGAAGCUACGUGGUAGUGGGUUCUUCUGAAUCUGUCAACUCUCUAGAGCAUCACGUCUUUGAAAACCCAUCUCUACGCGGCUCAGUCCGCACCAAGAGGCUUCGAGUCACGCAUGGUUUUCACUCGCGCUUCACCGAGCCCAUACUAGCUCGUCUCACAAAAGUGGCCAAACAAUUGUAUUGGAAGCGACCUACGCUACACCUCGAGAUAUGCGAUGAGCUUGGCGGUAUCACCGAGCCCGACUUUGAAAUUAUCGCACAGAGCACGAGGCGCCCAGUAUUCUUUCAACAAGCAGUAGAGAGGCUCACGAAACGUUUCUCUGAGAUUACUUGGAUUGAGAGUGGCCGGGGGUCUUCGGUGAUCCAACUCGUCAAAGAUUCAGUAGUAGAUACGCAAGGACACGCGUUUUUAUCCCCGCAGCUCUCGUCUUCCAGUGCGCAAGACUCUCUCACAGACGCAACUAUUGAGCUCUGGAAACAUGGAUAUGCAGUCCAAUAUUGGCCAUUUCACAGAAGCCAAAAGCUAGAGUACGAGCACCUAAGCCUGCCAGCGUAUCAAUUCGAGAAAACAAGACACUGGCUCCCGUAUGUGCGAAAAGCUCCCGAGAGAGAAGUUGAGCAAGACAAAAUAAUAGAAAAGACACAUGAACUCAUUACCUUUUUGCAGUUCAAGGAUAAAUCCGAAAAGGAGGCAUUGUUUCGAGUUGAUCCCCGAUCCGAUCGCUUCCAGACUCUAGUCGGUGGCCAUGUUAUAGCUGGCGAGACGCUUGUUCCAGCGGCUUUGUUCUUCGAGAUCAUAGUACGCGCAGCCUUAUACCUUCAGAAUCGUACCGAUACAGAAGAAUAUGUGCCCACCGUGAAGGACUUGGCUAUGAAUUAUCCAAUUGGUCGCCAAAGCUCUACCGAGAUCACACUGACGCUGAAGCGCCUGGAAGAUAUAUAUCCUUCAUGGUCAUUCAGCAUUACCACCAAGAACGGCGAGCGCGAGGUCGCAGAGUCCUCCAAGCAAUCAACAGGCAAAGUCUGCCUUAAGAAGCGUGGUGACACACAAGCAGCCCGGGAGUUCAAGCGAUUUGAGACGCUGACAGGCCAUCGCCGAUAUCGAGAAGUUCUUGAUCACCCAUGCUCGGAAAAGAUGCAGGGGAAGCAUCUCUAUCGUGCUUUUGGUAGUAUAGUCAACUAUGGCGAAUCUUACCAAGGCGUCAAGGAAAUAGCCUGCCUGAAAUGUGAAGCUGCUGGAAAGGUUAUAAUGUGUCCAGAUAUAGCGGCCACGGACCAGCGUCUUUGUGAUACUCUUAUGAUUGAUAGUUUUAUGCAGCUUUCAGGGUUCUUGGUAAAUUAUUUCAAUAACCCAAGCCUUGAUGAUAUUUUCCUUUGCAUGCACAUCGAGCACGCUGAGAUCGGCGGAAACUUCAAUCCCAACGCCAAAGAGUGGAUCGUCUAUGCUACUCAGGGCGAGGACGAUGACAGUGAUGCCUCAUCCGAUAUCUACGUAUUCGAGGCCGAGAGUAAGAGAAUGGUCAUGGCAGUCUUCGGUUGCCGCUUCAUGAAAAUGCGGAAAGAUGUCCUUGCGCAGAUCCUGAAAGAUGCCAACCAUCCUACCGCUGCGACAUUCUCACGCACAGAAGCACAGAAGCCAGUGACUCGAGUUAUUGAAACCCCGACUCCGGUUCGAUCAGAACCUCUGACAAAGAGAUCCUUAGGCAAGCGGGAUGAGGUUUUUAAAAUCUUAUCCAACGUUACGGACUAUCCUGUCGACGAGAUCAAAGGUGAAUCUACCUUGGAAGACUUUGGAAUUGAUUCGCUUAUGGCGACUGAGGUUUUGAACGAUAUUAGAACGGCCUUUGACCUAAAUAUUGAUCUGACGAGCUUUCUAUUGUUUCGUACGAUCAACGCUCUUGUGGCCCAUGUCAACGAAAGCCUUGGAUUGAAUAUUGAAAAUGGCGACCUGGGUGCAGCACCAUCUCUGGGUGAAUUUAAUGGCAUUGAUUCAAGUUUGAUGGAGGAGAUCGAGGUUUCUUCGAAAACCAUUCCAGAAAGGGUCGACCGACCUGCUAUUGCUUCAGCGUUCAGCGAUUUCAAUAAGAUGAGGCUUGGGUAUGACGACAUUGCCGAGAGAACCAAAGCCGCCGGCUUCUUGACUGAGGCUUAUCCGCACCAGGCCAGACUCGUGUUGGCCUAUGUUAAAGAGGCCUUCGCGAAACUCGGAUGCGACUGGACAAGUCUCCGGUCUGGCGACCGUAUCCCACAAUUCAAGGUUCUACACAAACAUAAACAAUUGAUGCGACAACUUCAUCGAGUGCUCGAAGACGGGAACUUGAUUUCAUCAACAAACCAAGGCUUCGUUUUGGCCGAUUCUCCUAUCGAUGGAACUCCUGCAGAAUCCAUCUAUCAGCAAAUCCUGGGUCUUCACCCUCAGCAUGACGUCGUCCUGAAGCUGGUGAGGUCAGUGGGGUCUCAGUUGGCUAGUUGCUUGACUGGCGAGAAAGAUGGCUUACAGGUAGUAUUUGGCGACAGGGAAACAAAGCAGACGUUGGAAGCGAUGUACGAGUUCUGGCCCCUUCUCCGCUCCGCCACUAUUCUUCUUGGCGAUAUUUUGCUGGAGACCUUCACUAAUUCCCAUGGAAGUGGGAAGUUCCGCAUCCUUGAGGUUGGCGCCGGAACUGGUGGCACAACCCGUUACAUUGUGAACCAUCUCAGGAGUCAUGGUAUCCCUUUCGAGUACGUCUUUACAGACAUCUCAGCCUCGCUUGUGGCAGCCGCGAAGAAAAAGUUCACCGGCAUCGACAAUAUGUCGUUCCAAGUCCUGGACCUCGAGAAACCCGUUGAUGUGGAGUACGCGGAAUCUUUGCACUGCAUUAUCGCGACGAAUUGCGUCCAUGCAACGAGAGAUCUCGUGGUAACUCUCUCCCACCUACGCAAGAUGCUCAGGGGAGACGGAGCGCUAAUGUUGGUGGAAACCACAAAGAACAUGUUUUGGCUCGACAUCGUAGUCGGUCUAUUUGAAGGAUGGUGGUUAUUUGAAGACGGCCGCUCGCACGCGCUGGUGGACGAAAAGCAUUGGGAGCGAGCUUUGAAGGCAUCAGGAUUCGGUCAAGUUCUGUGCUCAGACGGUGACACGCCGGAAGCUAAGACGGUACGUGUUAUCGGGGCCUUUCCAUGCCUAUCUCCGGCCCAGAUGGACGGUGUUUCACCGCCCAUCAAGCGUGUGAAUGCCGCUUUGGAGACAGUAGUGUAUAAGAAGGUAGGAGAGCAAGAAAUCCACGCAGACAUAUACUACCCUCCUGAGGGCUUGUCUUCCAGUAAAAAGCUUCCCAUCGCUCUGAUGAUCCAUGGCGGUAGCCAUAUUCUCUUCUCCAGGAAAGAUGUUCGACCGGCCCAAACAAACCUUCUGCUCGAAAAGGGAUUCCUACCAGUUAGCUUGGACCAUCGACUUUGCCCAGAAGUGAACUUGGUUGAAGGAGCAAUGGUGGACAUACGGGACGGCCUCUACUGGGCUCGUCAUGAGUUACGAAGCAUCGUGGCUGCUCGUCGAUCAGGUUUACAGAUCGACGAAGAAAAAGUCGUAGUGGUAGGAUGGUCUUCGGGUGGCCAGCUCGCCAUGUCGCUCGCUUGGACGGCGCCCCACAUAGGGUUGCAACCGCCGGAGGCCAUUCUUGCAUUUUACUGUCCUACAAAUUACGAGGACGACUGGUGGAAACGCCCGAUCCAGCCCAUCGGCGCCGAAGACCAGGGCCAAGAGUACAACGUGCUCGACGGGGUUCAAGACCACCCUAUCACCAACUACGAUGCGGUACGCGCGUGGGAACCUCUUUCUGAGCCGGGCAUCCACACAGACCCUCGGUGCCGCAUUGUGCUGCACAUGAACUGGAAGGCACAGACACUUCCAAUCAUACUCGGCGGGCUGCCCAGCCGGAAGGGAAGCCAGCAGCAGCCGGAAAUUAAGAACUGGAACGCUCUGCCGCAGCCAAGCCUGGACAAGAUCGUAGCUGCCAGUUCGCUCGCACAGAUUCGUCGUGGAAAUUACCGGACGCCUACGUUCUUGGUCCAUGGCACAGCAGACGACCUAAUUCCCUGGGAGCAGAGUCAAGCCACCUACGAAGCUAUGCUCGAGAAGAAUAUCCCAGCCCAGUUAGCUCUAAUCGAGGGCGCGCCACACAUUUGCGAUCGGAGCAGCGAUCCGAACUCGGAGGGCUGGAAGGCGACAGUGAAAGGAUAUGAAUUUAUUGCGUCGAUCGUCUUUGAUUCGUGAGAUGGCAAUUCUCGUUAUAAAUUGUUAUUUUAUUUAAUAUAAACUUUGAAUCAAUACAAUGAUUAUAGAAGUAAACCA